AUGAACCCCUACUGGAGUGAACAAGACUGCCGCAGGAACGGGAACCGGGGACUAUUACAAGAUCCCACAGAGAGCCGUGCUGUACCUAAAUCUGAAACACAGGAGGGGCCAAGGAUAGAAGCAGUUUACACGCUAGAGGAGUCCUUUCACCAGGAGUGGUGUGCAAGUCUAAAGCAGGGUACAGAGCUGGCGUGUGUUAAAGAUGAAGAGGUCCCUCGACUGGAAUGUGUUCCUAUUAAAGAGGAAUUCAUAGAACAGGAAUGUGUCCCCAUCGCAGAGGAAGAUCCUACUGAAAAUAAUGCCUGUGCACUUGAGGAGAACAACAAGCUGGGAUCCAGCCUGCGUGAUGAUUGUCCACCUGAAUGUGAACUGGGGUUUAGAGCUUCUACAGUAGAUGAAGGAGAACACGACUCCACUGCAUCACCCCACUGCAAAAACCCUUCCAGCGGCAAACCGCAGUGCAAGAAACACAGAGACGUGACACCCCAAGAAAAUGCUAUAAAAAAGUGGAGAACUCGCAUAGUUAAAAUUCCUUCUUUACAAGACAGACAACCACUUACUCUGCACAGUGCAGAGAUGGCACAUUCUCUGUGUGUGAACGAUUCUGAACCCCAGGGCAACUUGAAGACUUUGCCGCCUUCUACUGUAAGUGGGACAAGUUCCAUUCAAUUAGGAUCUCCUAAAACUCACAAAGGAAAUCACACAGGAGGGAUUCAAUUUCCCUGUGCAGAUUGUGGGAAGAGUUUCAGUUGUUUAUCAAACCUUAAAAGACAUCAGCGGAUUUACACAAGAGAGAAAACACACCACUGUAACGUAUGCAAAAAGAGGUUCUCCCAAUCAGGACAUCUUAAAAACCACCAGCGAAUUCACACAGGAGAGAAACCAUAUCACUGUAAUGAGUGUGGGAAGCGCUUUACUGAAUUAGGAAGUCUUAAAAAUCACCAGCGAGUUCACACAGGUGAGAAACCAUAUCGCUGUAGUGAAUGUGGGAGGUGCUUUACUGAAUUAGGAAGUCUUAAAAGACACCAGCGAAUUCACACAGGAGAGAAACCAUAUCGCUGUAAUGAAUGUGGGAGGUGCUUUUCUGAAUUAGGAAGUCUUAAAAGACACCAGCGAGUUCACACAGGAGUGAAAACAGCACCACUUCAAUGAACUUGAGAGGAGUUUAACUCGAACAGACAACCUUAAAGCGAGUUCACACAGCAGUGAAACCCUGAAUGCUGAGGGUUGGGAAAGGUAUAAUCUGUUGGGACACCUUAUAAACCAGAGCAUUUACUGCUGGUAAGAGAGAGACAUGCCUAACCCUAACUCUACCCUUUGUUUCAAUGCCAGGAUGCCAUGAUAAAUAAUUUGCUUUAUUGAGUAAUUUAGUUUGGUAUGUAACUAUUCACAAACCACCAUUUCCAGCAUCCUUAAAUUUACAGUUUUAUUCCAUAAACACAAAAAGAUAAUAUCUUAUGUUCUUUGUUUCUGCUUGGCCAAGUAAUAUUCAAUACAAGUAUUUGCUCCCCCUAGUGGUUGACUUGCAUAGCAAAAAAAGGAGGUAGAAACAGAUGAGGUUCAGAGAGGGAUCUGUUAGGCCUAUCUUUAAAGAAAAAUAAAACUCUUAUUGUAAGUUCGUUUUUGCUUAAAAAAAAAAAAAAAAAUAGAAAUAAAGGAAUAUAAAGCUGGAUCGUGCCACCAGUGUUAGCAUACGGGUUUCUUUGCUCUUACUCUGGACUAGUUGUUUGCAUUGGAUGUUUUUUUUUAUUUUUGGGUGUGUUUUCAUGUUUUAUGCUGGAUUGGAUUUCAUUCACUUCCCUGUGGAUUACAAAAAUAUUCAGCAGCUUUAUUUCCAUCGCACUUGAGUCUGCCUUGGGCAGUCUGGACAGAAGUGGGUGAGCUCUAACCAGCUGUCUUUAUUUUUAUCCGUGCAUUCUAACUCUUGCAAGGUGGAUAAAAGCUAAUAUUGGGGUGCAACGGAUUUGGCUAUACCAUGGGUUACACCUCACAGUUGUGAAGCCCGGACAUUAAAAAAAAUCUGGACUGCGGACCUAUUCUGGGUUGUGACUGUCAUAGUAUUUUUUUUCCUUUUGUGUAGAACUUGUCUUGUUCUUGCCCAGAUAUGCCCUUAUUGUGUUGAACAAUAUAUAGGUGUUCAUUAUUAUUAUUAUUCUUUUGUUGUCCUGACUGUUUUUUGAUUGCUGUCGAUCAGUCUAUAUGUUUAUGUUCCUGCAGAG